AUGCCAGAUCGUCUGCUGCAGAUACUGGCUCCGCCUACCCGGGAUCAAAGUAACACCGCCAACCCAUCAAGUGCCCCUGAAACAGCUGAGUCUGCUUGGCUGCUAAAGGAGACCCUAAGAGAGGUCGUUAGAGCAAAUCACAGCUUAGCUGACCAGAAUCAUAGCUUAAGAAAGGAGAAUAGCUAUCUCACCUGCAUCGUUGCAGGAGCCACUGCCCUCACUCUAGCAACAAACUUUUACUGGCCUGGCUUAUGGGCAGAGUGCAAACAGAGCUUGGCUAAAGAGCAAAGUAUGAAUGAAGCUUGUCCUACUGAGACUCGAUAUGUUCGAGUCGCACUCCCUCAAGAGCAGGUGGCAGCUCUAAACCUAGGUACUGCUGCCGCUACUGCGUCUGUACAUAGUAUUGAUGGACAGGAUUUCGCUGAGUAUCGCACGGAUGGUCUGACCUUGUAUGUCCCUAAGACCUGCUCAGAUCCAUCUACUGCUACAGCUACUAAUCAAUAG